UGACUCAUUAAGAACAGCCAUUCAAGAUAUUUUAGGUGGUGAGUAUGAGCCAAUUAGUAGAGGAACUGUAUCAUCCCACAUAAAUGACAUGGUUACGAAACAACAAGACCUCGUCAAGGCCCAACUACAAGAAACAUUCUGGGUUUUAUUCACUAUAGACAUCUGAUCAGACAGACAGCUAAGAGAUUUCCUUGGUGUGACUGCCCAUGCAAUUGAAAUAAAGAAGUCUGCUAUCAACCUGAGGUCGUAACUGUUAAGCUGUAGCAGAUUCACAGGUUCCCACACAGGUGAGAAAAUCAGCAAGGCAUUUGAAGCCAUCUGUGAUGAAUAUGUAAUGAAGAACAAACUGGACUACAUUAUAUGUGAGACAACGCAUCAAACAUGAAGAAAUCAUUCACUGUGUGCUUCCCUAGAACCACUGAUGAUGAUGCAGGACUUACUAGUGCUAAUGACAGUUUAUGGGAAGAGCUCCAUGAAGAAGACCCGCAAGAUGUAGAUAUGGCACUGACCAGGAACUGCCAGAAGCAGUACCUGCAAUGUUUUACACACAUCAUGCAACUGGUGGUGUCAGAUGGGCUAAAGGAAACAAAAGCAAUCAACCUAGCCAUGAGUAAAGCUUCAAUAUUGUGCACCUUACUGCAUUCCAGUUGCUCCUUCAAAGAAGCCUUUGAAAAGGUGUUUGGGCCUAACAAAGGGAUUCCUGCCCUUAACAACACCAGAUGGAACUCAACCCUAAUAUAGGUUAGAACUAUAGUAUGUCUCGACCAUCAUGCGAUCUCCUGGAAGAACGGGCACAUAAAGAGGUAGCUUUCAGCAGCAGAGAAUGGAACCAGUUGCAAGAGCUAGUCACCAUCUUGGAACUUUUCAUUGAAGCAACCAGAUUGAUGCGAGGAGAGCAGGUUGUCACCAUAAGCCCAGUCCUACCCUGUGUGUUGUCGUUAAACCAUUAUCUGCAUGAUAUGUUAGUCAAUGUUCGGUACCUGAACGGCCUAAUCAGAGCCCUGAAAGGCUCACUGUGGAAAAAUUCCAAGAAAUAUUUGUCACUGCACAAAUGAUGGAAUCAACACAGCCAAUCUACCAUUUGGUGAUCCCAUUUAUAUCUUGUCAGCAGUACUUGAUCCAGCAUUCUGCAUGAUGCAGAUUGAACAUGAUGUCUUGGCAUCAGAAGAGGUGAAGGACAAAGUCAAGAAACGUACAAAAGAUUUGAUCAUGUCCCAGGCUACCACAGUAUUGGUAGAAAAUGACACUAGUAGCGACGAGGAAGACAUUCCAUCCCAGAACGUCCCUCAACUUUUUGCAGGGUACAAAAGAAGCAGACACUGGGGUGGGGCUUCUAAGACAUCUGUUUCUUCCCAACUCAAAAGAUACUUCGAGAUGUGCCAGGAACAUCAUGAAGGAAGUCCCAAUGCAUAUCUUCACUUCUGGUUGAUCAACAAGAACAACCUCUCCAGGCUGUUUCCUGUGGCUAUGAGAGUGCUGACUGUUCCCACUUCUAGUUCUCCCAUUGAACGAGUGUUCAGCUAUGGAGGCAUCAUUAUGUGCCCUCAUAGAGCUAAGCUUAGUGACAAAAUGCUGUCUCAGAUGAUAUUUCUAAAAUAUAACAGUUUGUACAGAUAAGUUAUAUACGCUGAUUGCCAUCUUCUAGUCAGUGAUGUGACACACUUUGAUGCAGAUAUUAAGUACAAACACACAACUUGGAGACCUUAUAGUGUAGCUGGUCCAAAAUAAAAGAUAGUUCAUACUUCCUUUACCAAC